GCGGACCCGCCCUCGCUCUGCCCGCCAGCCUGCCUCCUACCGGCUGUCCGCGGCGGCGCUUCUCUCCGCCCGGCUCCCCCGGCUUUGGCUUUGGGGUUUUGCAACUGGCAGCUGGCGUUUUCCCUCCCCUCCCCUCGCUCAGUCUCUCCUGCUUUUAGGUGGCUCCACCCCGCCCCGGAUCCGGCGAGGGGGAACCGGCGGGGCUGCGGCUGCCAACUCGCGCCCAGCGGCGCCCAGAGAGGAGUCCCGCGCCGCCGCCUGCUCCCCGCCCGGCGCCUUCUCCCCGCGCCUCCGGGCCCCGCGGCCUCCACGCGCAAGCCUUCCCCACUUUCCCCCGGGUUUGCAAUCAUCACAUGGCAUGUUAAGAAUGCCGGAAAGAUGGCGGUAGCGGCGGCGGCGGCGGCGGGGCCGGCGAGCGGGGGCGGCGGCCGGGCGCAGCGCAGGAGCGGGCUGCUGGAAGUUUUGGUGCGGGACCGCUGGCACAAAGUUCUGGUGAACUUGAGCGAGGACGCCCUGGUUCUGAGCUGCGAGGAGGGCGCCGCGUACAACGGCAUCGGGGCCGCCGCCACCAAUGGCUCGUUCUGCAGGGGCCCCGCGCACCCGGGCACCCCCGGAGGAGGCGCGCAGCCCCCCGACUCGCCGGCCGCCGCAGGGGUGCGCACCGCCUUCACAGACCUGCCCGAGCAGGUGCCCGAGUCCAUCUCCAACCAGAAGCGCGGCGUGAAGGUGCUGAAGCAGGAGCUGGGCGGGCUGGGCAUCAGCAUCAAGGGGGGCAAGGAGAACAAGAUGCCCAUCCUCAUCAGCAAGAUCUUCAAGGGGCUGGCGGCAGACCAGACCCAGGCCCUGUACGUGGGCGAUGCCAUCCUGUCGGUGAACGGCGCCGACCUGCGGGACGCCACCCACGACGAGGCGGUGCAGGCGCUCAAGCGCGCGGGCAAGGAGGUGCUGCUGGAAGUGAAGUACAUGCGAGAAGCCACACCCUACGUGAAGAAAGGCUCCCCUGUGUCGGAGAUUGGGUGGGAAACGCCUCCGCCUGAAUCCCCGCGGUUAGGGAGUGGCUCCUCAGACCCUCUGGCAUCAUCGUCCUCGCAGCCCUUCUCCUUCCACAGAGACCGGAAGAACAUCCCCCUCAGGAUGUGCUACGUCACUCGGAGUCUGGCCCUGGCCGACCCAGAGAACAGGCAGCUUGAAAUCCACUCUCCAGAUGCUAAGCACACAGUGAUCCUAAGGGGCAAGGAUUCAGCCACUGCCCAGGCCUGGUUCAGUGCCAUCCACUCCAACGUCAGUGACCUGCUGACCCGAGUGAUUGCUGAGGUCAGAGAGCAGCUGGGGAAAACAGGCAUUGCCGGGAGCCGAGAGAUCAGGCACCUUGGCUGGCUUGCAGAAAAGGUGCCUGGGGAGAAUGAGAAACAGUGGAAGCCAGCCCUGGUUGUGCUGACUGACAAGGACCUUUUAAUCUACGACAGCAUGCCCCGGAGGAAGGAAGCCUGGUUGAGCCCAGUCCACAUGCAUCCUCUUCUUGCCACCAGGCUGGUCCAUUCAGGUCCAGGGAAAGGAUCUCCCCAGGCUGGUGUGGAUCUGUCCUUUGCAACACGAACGGGUACCAGGCAGGGGAUUGAAACGCAUCUCUUCAGAGCUGAAAUCAGCAGGGACCUCUCCCACUGGACCAGGAGCAUAGUACAGGGCUGCCACAACUCAGCCGAACUCAUUACCGAAGUCACUACAGCUUGCACCUAUAGAAACCAGGAGUGCCGUCUGACCAUACAUUAUGACAAUGGAUUUUCUAUUACCACUGAACCACAGGAGGGUGCCUUUCCCAAGACAAUCAUACAGGCCCCAUAUGAAAAGUUGAAAAUGUCUUCAGAUGAUGGAAUCAGGAUGCUGUAUUUAGAUUUUGGAGGCAAAGAUGGAGAGCUGCAACUGGACCUUCAUUCCUGCCCCAAGCCAAUUGUUUUCAUCAUUCACUCCUUCCUGUCAGCUAAAAUCACAAGACUGGGCCUGGUGGCCUGAACGGAGGGGUGACUGGCCUUUGAGGGAAGGAGGGCUGCGACGCCACCAGCAAGUGUGCCAUCCAUGUCACAUGCCAGUCGGCUUUAGAUGCCAGGAGCCCUGCAGUAACUGUCCCAGACUCCUCUUGUCAACUUCACCAACUAAAGGAGGUAUCCUAAGAAGAUACCACAGGGAGCUUCAGGAUCAAACUGUCUUUUUAGAGCAGUAAACGGGUAAAGAGGAGAGGGCGCUGGGAAAAAUACUCGGCAUAGCUUUUGACAAUCAAGGACGUUCCAGUAGAACAGCAUGUGCAGAUCUUAAUCACACCAGUUUCUAGGCAACUGGUUCACCCAGGUAAGCAAGGGCUGAAAUAGCAAGAUGAGAAAUGGACAUUAUCCUCUCUCCUGUCCGGUAAUGACCCCAUGUCGAUUGUGAUUUAUCUCCUACUCCUGAGUUGACUCUCCCUGGAAAGGGAAGACAAAUCCUUUAAAUGGAAACCCACCUUUUAAGUAUAAAGCAGCUCUUACAUUUUUCUUAAUUAUCUUUUGACGAUGUAGAAAGAUGCUGAAGUGUUCCAUGAGCAUAUGCUGAGCAGGAAUUGAAGCCCCAGACACUGAUUUGAGGGGUAAGCUAGUGGAAGCUGAGCCAGCGGAGACUGAAAGAUGCUUAAUUCUGGGCUGCACUCACACCAAGGUCUGCCAUUGUAGAGCCAAAACUGAUAGCGUUAUUUAUAGAAAGCAAAUUAUGGAUUUUUUUUUAAUGAUUGUCAUUUGAUAUAUAAGUAUAUAUACAACUCAUAUAAUUAUCAUAAUUUUGUGGUUUUCAGUGGAAGCACUGAGCAAUUUAUUGACCCUUGGUCCUGCCUGUGCUUAUAUGCAUGUAUUUUUGAACCAGUAAUAGAGCAGCCUCAUACCAUUCUGGAUGAUCCUGGGUUUCACAUAUAGACCCGAUAUUAUAAUCAAAUCUAUUGAGAGCAUCCACAGGUCUUUCAGAAUUCUAGGGAUAUAAUAUAAUGACCUGAUAUUUUUCUACAAGAAUAUUUUCAGACACCACAUAGCAUAUUACUGAUCCAAUGCUUUUAUCUUUCAAAACAAAUUAAUUAAAAAUACACCCAAUACUUGAUUUAGGAGCCACUUUAUUCAAACCCUGCAAAUUAGCUCUAGAAUUUCUAUAAGCAUUUGUAACCCUUCUUUCCCAUACAGUUUACAUAGACGAAUAGCCUGGGUUAGAUAUGUGUAUGUGUGUGUGUGUGUUUUCAAAGUUGUAUUUUGGGAAAUACCUAUGCAAAAGAGCUUUACAAAGUGGAAACUGUUCAAGGAAUGUGAUUUUGCUCACUCAGACAUAAGUGUUUAUUGAAUUGCAAGAUUUUAUUUUAGACCAGCGCUUCCCCAGUACGUGUAACACUAGUUUCAAGGAACAUUGAGUGGUGUCUUGUGGGGGUAGCACUAAGAGGUUGGGAAUAAAAAAUGUUUUGUUAAAUAUGGAGUUAAGAAAAGGUAAACAGAUUGCAGGCCUCCUCGGAGACUUCAAUUUACAUUGCAGUUCUCCAAGGGGGUUCCAUGUGCCAUUCCCUACAUUUGCCUACAGAACUCCUUUUUAACACAGAAUCCUGAGAAGUCUAUGUUAAAACAAACAGACAAACACAAAA